AUGGCCAUGAUCGGCGGCACCGCGCGCGACUACAGCGGCACCAGCAUGUUCACCGGCUACGGCGUGCACCUCGACGGCUCCAUGGACAGCCAGAUGGAGGCUCUCCGCCGACUACUGCCUUGCAUCUGCGGGACACGGCAGAGUUGCAAGGAGUAUUUGGCCAAGUCCCUGUUUGUGUUUCAGCUGGGGGAGAACGACUACAAAAUCCAGCUGGUGAAUGGGUCCACGCUACACGAGGCAAGAAAGAGCAUACCCAGCAUAGUCAACACCAUCACAUCCGGCGUAGAGAAAUUAAUCACUCUCGGCGCAGUUGACAUCAUGGUGUCGAAUGUUGCUCCGAUGGGGUGCUACCCGCUAUACCUGAACUUCUUCGAGAGCUCCGACAAGGGUGACUACGACGAGUACGGGUGCCUGAGAAACCACAACGCCUUGUUUGAUAGGCACAACUCUUUCCUCAAGAACGGGCUCAGAAAGCUUCAAAAGAAGCAUCAACACACAAGGAUCAUGCAUGCCGACCUCGCGAGCCAGAUCUACCAAAUGGUACAGGAUCCCAAAAAGUUUGGCUUUGGGAUUGGGACCAUACUUAUGGGAUGUUGCGGAAAGGCCAAUGCGCCAAAUGGAUUUGAUCUGCUCGCAAUGUGUGGGAUGGAUGGCUCCAGCGUCUGCCAUGACCCGGGGAGCCACCUAACCUGGGACGGUAUGCACCUUAGCGACGCUGCCAACAAACAUAUCGCCGAGGGUUGGCUAAGUGGCACGUACUGCCGCCCACCGAUUCUGUGGUGA